UGUUUAGCGGUUAGUGCAAGGACAGGCUCUUCCUUUUUCUGAAGAGUCUUAAAACUGUGCGCAGGCUUGCCAGCGCGUUUAUUACCACUGGUACAGCGCCUAGCGAGGACGUCAAAGUGCGAAGCAAGCAGGGCAGGAUGGCCGAGGAACAGCAUGAUGCGCUCUUGAAGAACGAAGGGCCUCCCAGCGAGGAGACGGUUGUUAAUGUUCAGACCGGGCAGAGAAGCAGCUCAUCCAACCGGGGGUAUAAGAUCGCCGGCUUUACACUGCUGGCAUGCCUCCUGAUCGCAGGCCAGGCGGUCACGGUGUAUUUCGUGAUGUCCCAGAAGGGCCAGAUCACCACUUUGGAGCAGCACACCGAAAACCUGAAGAAGCAGCUCAACACCCGCAAACCAGCCCCACCAUCUGCUCCCAAGAUGCUGCACAUGCCCAUGUUUAACAUGCCUCUGCUGAUGGAUUACAGCGAGGACUCCAAGAAGGUCCCCAUGAAGAAAAUUGAGGACACUGCCACUGUCAGCCUGGAGAAGCAAGUGAAGGACCUUCUGCAGGAUGAGAAUCUUCCUCAGUUCAACGAGACUUUCCUGGGUAACCUGCAGGGAAUGAAGAGUCAGAUGGAGGACAGUGAGUGGAAGAGCUUUGAGUCCUGGAUGCGCAGCUGGCUCAUCUUCCAGAUGGCCCAGCAGCAACCACCAAAGCCCACCCCUGUUCCUGAGGAAAAAAACACCCCCAUGUCAGAGUCUGGUAUCCAGACAAAAUGCCAGCUGGAGGCCAAUGCCAAGUCUGUGCAUCCUGGGGUCUUCCGCCCCAAGUGUGACGAACAGGGCAACUAUCUGCCCAUGCAGUGCUGGUCCAGCACGGGCUACUGCUGGUGUGUGGACAAGAAUGGGGAUGAGCUCCCAGGCACCAGAGUCCGAUUCGGAAGACCUCAGUGUGAUAGUGGGGAAGGAAAAGGCCGUAAGAUGGCUUUGCCAAGCUUUCCCAAAAUGAUGGAGCUGAAAGAUGAGUAAAUUACAUGGGAAGGAUGCUUACAAGUGACAGCUAAGAAGCGCUCCUAAAACCUACAAUUGUGUAAUCAUUAAAUAUCUGUGAUCAGGGCUUGAAACCAUGCUAACAGCUUUUAGAGAACCAUUACUGACAUUAGUGGGCAUAUUUUUCUGAGGGGCUAAAGCAUUUUUUUUAUUUUUAUUACUUAGUUCUCGAUUGUCUAUAACAGUGAGUCAUACUGGAAUGUGUUACAUUCAAUUUAUAACAGUGGCUAAAUAUUUCUUGUCAAAUAAAUUAACCUCUCUUGCACUUAAAUUGGUAUGCCAUCAAUAAAGAGCCAUUUGAAAGCACCUUAAUUACAGCCGCCCAUACUGUAGCAGAUUUAAGACACCAUCCAAAAUCUAUUGUCCUCCUGAAAACAAUUAAAUUGUACUGUAGAAUUGUCCCCAACAUGUCCCCAGUACGUCUACUCACAAACCACACCUUGGAACUUCAACCAAAACAAAAUCCUCACUGCAGUUAUUUUUUUUAAUUAAAAUUGAAUAAAAUGAAUAAUUACUGUCCAUAUUUUAUGUAUACAAUACCUUCUGUCUUUCUUGUGCUUAAUAUAUGCUAAGAUCGAAGUUAUGAAGUGCAGGGUUUUGAAGACUGGAAGAGAUGUAAAUGUAUCUGAGAAAUGGAAAUUAAAGAUGGUUUUUCCUAAUAAACGUAGCUGUAUGAUGCUUUA